CUUUUUAAUGGCUUCUCCUCGCGUUAUCUCCUUGUCCGAUUUAGCCCUAACCUAUACGGCUGCCACAUCCAGAUUUCCUCAUCCUUAUUAGGGAGGAACCAAAACCCUAAUCCUAUCUUGUUCUCUCCUAUAAAUCGCUUCAAAGACUGUUUCUUUUCUCUUCUUAUAUAUCUCUCUCGUUUCCGUGUCCGUUUCAUUUCUGAUUGAUUCAUGAUUUCUCAUCUCGAGCCCUAAGUUAUACAUCCAUCGGGUUGUGUUCUUCUUCUUUUGGGCAAUCAGUGGUUUUUUUUUUGGUCUCCUUUUGUUUAUCCGUCGAGACUUCUAGGUGGAAUCAAAGCUUGUUGCUUUAUCUCGAUCUUGGUUUUUAGCUGAAUCGUGUGUUAAGAUGGUUGGAGGUGGAAACAGGAGAGAUGAAGGAUCGAUCACGAUCCAGAGCACCAAUUUGUUUGCAGCUUUGGACACUCGUAAGAAGAAGAAGAAGUCUGACAAGACAGGUAAGGGCAAAGGGUCCUCUAAGUCACGAGAGCCAGAGAAGGAGCCUGAGCCACCGGUCUUUUGGGCACCUACCCCUUUGAAAGUUAAGUCUUGGGGUGAUAUUGAUGAUGACGAUGAAGAUGAUGACUACUACGCCACCGCUGCUCCUCCUCAGUCUGGCUGGAACGCUUCUGAGCCUUCCCAUACUGAUUCAAAAGACGUUCAUGUCGAGGAAAGUGAAAGUGAGGAAGAUAUUCUUGAUGAAGGUGAUGAUGAUGUGGAGGAGGAGCAUGAACAGGAAACAGAGGUACAGGUUCAUCCAGAGCCUGAGCCUGAGGUGAAGAAGGCUCCUGAAGUUCCUGCACCUCCUAAAGAGGCAGAGAGGCAACUUUCCAAGAAAGAGAGGAAAAAGAAGGAACUUGCUGAGCUNUUUUUCCAUACUUUCUUAAUCCAAUCCUGA